ACGGCGGCGCGUGCGCGUGGCGAGUGGGCGGUGUGGCCGGGUCCACGUGCGUUCCUCCUCACGACCCCAGCGGCUUAGGGCCCGGCGGAUCUAUGACCCGAGGCACGCUGGCAUCCGUGCCCUUCCCCGAGCCACCGGUCCCUGUCUCCGGUCCCGCAGCGCCCGCCGUCUCUGCCUGCUGCCACGCCUGACCAUGGUGGCUGUAGGCAACUACUGCGAGGCCGAAGGGCCCGUGGGUCCGGCCUGGGCGCAGGACGGCCUGAGCCCCUGCUUCUUCUUCACGCUCGUGCCCUCCACGCUGCUGGCCCUGGGGGCUCUGGCCUUGGUGCUGGCCCUUCCCUGCAAGCGCCGGGAGCGGCCCGCCGGCGCCGAGGCGCUGUCCUGGGGCGCCGGGCCUCGCGUCGCUCCUUACAUAUUGCAGCUGCUGCUGGCCACGUUCCAGGUGGCGCUGCCCCUGGCCAGCCUUUUUGGCCGGAUGGGCACAGCGCGGGGGGCCCCGCUGCCAAGCUAUGUACUGCUAGCCUCCAUACUGCAGAGUGUGGCCAGCGCCUGUGGCCUGUGGCUGCUUGUGGUGGAACGGAACCAGGCACGGCACAGUCUGGCCAUGGGCAUCUGGAUCAAGUUCAGGCACAGCCCGGGUCUCCUGCUCUUCUGGUCUGUGGCGUUUGCUGCUGAGAACUUGGCUCUGGUGUCUUGGAACAGCCCGCAGUGGUGGUGGGCAAGGGCGAACUUGGGCCAGCAGGUUCAGUUUGGCCUGUGGGUACUGCGGUAUGUGGUGUCCGGAGGGCUGUUUGUCCUGGGGCUCUGGGCCCCCGGACUCCGUCCCCUGUCCUACACCUUGCAAGUUCAUGACGAGGACCAAGACACAGAAAGGAGCCAGGUUCGGUCCACAGACCAGCAGUCCACCUGGCGAGACCUCGGCAGGAAGCUCCGCCUACUGAGUGGCUACCUGUGGCCUCGAGGGAGUCCCGCUCUGCAGCUGGUUGUGCUGAUCUGUCUGGGGCUCAUGGGCUUGGACCGGGCACUCAAUGUGUUGGUCCCCAUCUUCUAUAGGGACAUUGUGAACUUGCUGACCAACAAGGCCCCUUGGAGCUCCCUGACCUGGACGGUCAUCACCUACGUCUUCCUCAAGUUCCUCCAGGGGGGUGGCACCGGCAGUACAGGCUUCGUGAGCAACCUGCGCACCUUCCUGUGGAUCCGCGUGCAGCAGUUCACAUCGCGGCGGGUGGAGCUGCACCUCUUCUCCCACCUGCACGAGCUCUCACUGCGCUGGCACCUGGCACGCCGCACAGGGGAGGUGCUGCGAAUCGUGGACCGGGGCACGUCCAGUGUCACUGGGCUGCUCAGCUACCUGGUGUUCAACAUCUUACCCACGCUGGCGGACAUCAUCAUUGGCAUCAUCUACUUCAGCAUGUUCUUCAAUGCCUGGUUUGGCCUCAUCGUGUUCCUGUGCAUGAGCCUCUACCUCUUCCUGACCAUUGUGGUCACUGAAUGGAGAGCCAAGUUCCGGCGUAGUAUGAACACGCAGGAGAACGCCACCCGUGCACGUGCAGUGGACUCUCUGCUGAACUUUGAGACGGUGAAGUAUUACAACGCCGAGAGUUACGAAGUGGAACGCUAUCGCGAGGCCAUCAUCAAGUAUCAGGAAUUGGAGUGGAAGUCAAGUGCCUCGCUGGUUUUGCUGAAUCAGACCCAGAACCUGGUGAUCGGGCUCGGGCUCCUCACGGGCUCCCUGCUGUGUGCCUACUUUGUCAGUGAGCAGAAGCUGCAGGUCGGGGACUUCGUGUUGUUCGGCACCUACAUCAUCCAGCUGUACAUGCCCCUCAACUGGUUCGGCACCUACUACAGGAUGAUCCAGACCAACUUCAUCGACAUGGAGAACAUGUUCGACCUGCUCAAGGAGGAGACGGAAGUGAAAGACCUUCCUGGAGCGGGGCCCCUUCACUUUCACAAGGGCCGGAUUGAGUUUGAGAACGUGCACUUCAGCUACUCGGACGGCCGGGAGACCCUGCGGGAUGUGUCUUUCACCGUGAUGCCUGGACAGACGCUGGCCUUGGUGGGCCCAUCUGGCGCGGGGAAGAGCACCAUUCUGCGCCUGCUCUUUCGCUUCUAUGACAUCAGCUCGGGCUGCAUCCGAAUAGAUGGGCAGGACAUUUCCCAGGUAACCCAGAACUCUCUGCGCUCCCACAUUGGAGUUGUGCCCCAGGACACGGUCCUCUUCAACGACACCAUCGCCAACAACAUCCGCUACGGCCGUAUCACGGCCGACAGUGACGAGGUGGAGGCUGCUGCCAAGGCCGCGGGCAUCCACGACGCCAUCCUGGGCUUCCCGGAAGGGUACGAGACGCAGGUGGGCGAGCGGGGUCUGAAGCUGAGUGGAGGCGAGAAGCAGCGUGUCGCCAUCGCCCGCACCAUUCUCAAGGCCCCAGACAUCAUUCUGCUGGACGAGGCGACGUCAGCGCUGGAUACGUCUAACGAGAGGGCCAUCCAGGCUUCUCUAGCCAAAGUCUGCGCCAACCGCACCACCAUCGUCGUGGCACACAGGCUCUCGACCGUCAUCAGUGCUGACCAGAUCCUUGUCAUCAAGGACGGCUGCAUCGUGGAGAGAGGACAGCACGAGGCUCUGCUGUCCCGAGGAGGGGUGUAUGCGGACAUGUGGCAGCUGCAGCAGCGGGGACAGGAGGAAGCUUCUGAGGACAGCGAGCCCCAGGCCACGGCACAGUGACAAGCGUGUGGCCCUUCUCCCGAAGGCUAACUCAGCGGGGAAUAAGAUAGACCCCUGUGCCCAGCCUUGUCACCCCGGUCUGGAGGUUUGGUGCUAGCAGUGGUGAGAUAGAGGGACCUUUCCGAAAAGCACCUUUUGGGGUUAAUAAAUGUGUGGCUCGUGU